AACCCAGCCUGUGUGGCACUGGUGAGAAACCUUCCCUACUUGGCACAGAAUACAUGCGACAUAGUGGUCAAAUUAUAAAGAAAUACAACAUAACUUUUUGUGGGCGGGUUUAGUUUACACACUACUCCAGGUUUCGUUUACUAACCCAGACAGUAUAGGCCUAAUAGAGAAUGUAGCUUCGGUAAUUUACCUCACCUUAACUCACUGGCUUUACCUGCACGGUAGGAAUGCGACCCGGUCAGACCGCUCAGCUCUUCAUACAGGUAGAAUGACUUCUGAAUUUUGAAAGGCCACCUGUUACGAGAGAGAGGACGUUCUCUCUCAGGGAGGUCGGUUGGAAUAUAAAUCAUUUAUCCAUCUACCUCACCUGAAAUACGGACAGCUACAACACAGCACCAAUAUGGGCGAAUGCUGUAUGUCAGCUGAAGACUCGGAGAGACUAAGGAUACACCAGGAGAUUGAGAGACAGCUUCGCCGGGAAAAAAAUGAAUUUCACCGGGAGAAAAAGUUGUUGCUUUUAGGGACUGGUGAGAGUGGAAAGAGCACCUUCAUCAAACAGAUGAGGAUCAUCCAUGGGACGGGCUACUCGGAUGCAGACAAGCGAGGCUUCACCAGGCUGGUUUACCAGAACAUCGUCAAUGCUGUUCAGAACAUGAUCCAAGCCAUGAAGACCCUACAGAUUGAUUUUAAAGAUCACCAGAACAUUAGCCAUGCAGACAGACUGAGCAUGGUGAAGGCAGAUCUAGUGACCAUACUGGAGCCAUGGCAGGUGGAUGCCAUCAGGAGACUGUGGAGCGACCAGGGAAUUCAGAAGUGCUACGAGCGCAAGCGAGAGUACCAGCUCUCUGACUCUACCAAAUAUUACCUGAGUGAUCUGGACAGAAUCACUGCCCCCUCAUACCUCCCCACCCUGCAGGACAUCCUGAGGGUCAGGGUCCCCACCACAGGCAUCAUAGAGUACCCCUUUGACCUCAAGACUGUCAUCUUCAGGCUGGUGGAUGUGGGAGGUCAAAGGUCAGAGAGGAGGAAGUGGAUCCACUGUUUUGAGAGGGUCACCUCCAUCAUCUUCCUGGUGGCCCUCAGUGAAUACGACCAGGUCCUCUAUGAGAGUGCCAAUGUGAAUCGACUAGAGGAGAGCAAAGCCCUGUUUACAACCAUCAUCACAUACCCCUGGUUCCAGGAAUCCUCCAUCAUCCUCUUCCUAAACAAAGCUGAUCUUCUAGAGGAAAAGAUUUACCACUCCAACCUGGCAGACUACUUCCCAGCAUUCACAGGUCCCCGGAAAGAUGCAGAGUCUGCUAAGAAGUUCAUCCUGAAUAUGUACAAAGAGCAACAUAUGGGGCGUCACAAAUCCCUGUACAACCACUUCACCUGUGCAACGGACACAGAAAACAUCAGAGUUGUCUUCAAAGCAGUCAAAGACACCAUCUUCAGAGAAAACAUGACUAAGUACAACCUGGGUUAGAGGGGUUUAGGACUCGUGUGAUUUCAGAUCUGUAUAUGGUGCAAUUUCACUUUCGAUUUACAGUUUUGGUACAGACAUUUAAGUAACUGUGGUCUUGAAUUAUACGCUUUUUUUUAUGAUAACAAAGCCAGGGAUCACAGUCAUAGCACCAACAGAAGCACAUCAGAAUUGUUAUAAUAUAGGAAUUUCAAAACGUUUUAGAAUCGUAACAACUCCUGAACAUCUUCCAUGUUACAAGAUGGAUGGUAUCAGUAGACUAUCCCAUCUGUAUGACAUAACUACUGAUGAGAGAAAUACCCUGAGGAAUGUUGUGGACCCUGAAUCUCCGCCUGGGGUUCCUGCCAUUAAGAGUUCCUUGGUUUAUAUUUGUGUUGUAAUGUCAUGUGUGUGUUUCAUAUAUAUAUUUCAUGAUUUACACUUUCCUUAUUUUUAGGUCUUUUUAAAACUUUAAAUUAAUGAUUAACUCUAGUCAUUCAAAGGAUUCUGGAGCGGUCACUAGUUUGUUGUAGUUUGUUAAUGUGUGUGUUAGCAAUAAAUCAUUCAAAUCUA